UAUAUAGCCAUGCGCACGAUUCGCAGUGUCUGCUAGUGCUGCGAAUUUGGCGGUAAUGUUGUUGAUGUAAAGUGGAUAUUUAAUACUGUUUAAUUUUGAUUAAUUGUAUAGACUGUAACAGAGAUUAAUUCAUACAAAAUAUGGGCAUCACCGGAUUGCUACCGUUCUUAGAGAAGUCUUCUAGAAAGACAAAUAUUAAGGAGUUUUCCGGUGGUACUGUUGCGAUCGAUUCUUAUUGUUGGUUACACAAAGGUGCAUUUUCCUGCGCUGACAAAUUAAUGAUGGGACAAGCAACAAAUGCAUAUGUGUUGUAUUGUAUGAAAUAUAUAAAUAUGCUUGUAAAGUACAAGAUAAAACCCAUUCUGGUGUUUGAUGGUCGACGUUUGCCUGCUAAGGAGCAGACAGAAAAAAAGAGACGAGAAUCUAGAGAAAUGAAUCGUCGUAAGGCAAUGGAACUCAUACAAAUGGGUCAAGUUGCAGAAGGAACAAAUUUGUUAAAACGAGCUGUAGAUAUCACUCAUAAAAUAGCAUUAGAAUUGAUUAAACAAUGCCAGAGUGAGAACAUUGAUUGUAUUACAGCUCCUUAUGAAGCUGAUGCACAAUUAGCAUAUUUAAAUAUCAGUGGUAUAGCUGACGUUGUUAUCACAGAAGACAGCGAUUUGACAUUAUUUGGGUGUAAAAGAAUACUUUUUAAAAUGGAUUUCAAUGGAAACGGGGUUUUGAUCGAGCAAGACCGAUUACAUUUAUCAAUGGAUGUGAAACCUGAACAAUUUGAUAUGGAUAAGUUCCGUUAUAUCGGUAUUUUGUCUGGUUGUGACUAUCUUCCUUCUCUCCCUGGUAUCGGUUUGGGAAAAGCACGAAAGUUUAUUAUGAGAAAUACAGAUCGCAAUAUACAUAGAGCAUUGGUACGUGUAGGCUCGGUUCUCAACAUGAAAGGAUUAAUUGUACCAUUGGAAUACAGAGACUCAUUUAUAUUAGCUGAUAUAACAUUCAAGUAUCAAUUAGUAUUCUGUCCGUUGCAAAGAAAGCAAGUAAGAUUGAAUCCACCUCCAGCUAAUAUUACUGAAGAUCAACUGCAAUAUGCUGGGGAGGAAUUGGAUGGGGACCUUGCUUUACAACUAGCCCUUGGGAAUUGUGACCCAGCCACUUUAGAAAUGGUUCACAAUUUUAAUCCAGACAAAAUCGAGCGAAAAAGAAAGCGAGAUGCACAGACAGAACAAACAAUGAUGAUUCAAACUAGCAUUUGGUCGAGCAAAUAUAAAUUGAAAAUGCAACAUCAGAUCUUUUCUCCUAAAAAUAUAUUAAAUAGUUUAUCAAUUGUUAAUACAAAAAAGCUUACUGAGAGAAAGAAUGCACAUGUCCCAUUAAAUUUGCAUAAUGAUUCAAUUAUGCAAAACAAUGGACUUCUAGAGGAUCAAGAUUUAGAUGACACUAUUUUGGAUAUAUAUAAUUCAAAUCAGGAUACUAGGCUAAUCAACAAUACUAAAAAAGAGUCGGAAGAUUUGUGUUUAGAAAAUGAUACGUCACCAGACUUACUUAAGCGAAGAAAUCCAUUUAUUAAACGAGUAUCCGAUCUUACAACGUCACCAAGUGUUCUGUCCGACGGAAAUUGUCGAAAAAGAGGAAGAAAUUUAAUGCGCAUAAGACGAACCAUCAUAGAUGAGAAUACUGUAGUAGAAAGUAAAUAUUUUUCAAAACAAGAUAAAGAGCACAAUGUACUCGAAUCGGAGAAUAAGGAGAUUGAAAUUAAUUUGAAAGAUAUAAAACAUAAUACGAUUCCAGAUAUUGACACGAAUGUACAUAAUAUAAAUGAGGAACAACUAGAAAAAAUGUUAUCUAUAACGGACAUUGCACAAGAUGCAAGCUCAAUGAAAAAUAUUGGUGAUGCAUUUUUAUCAAAUCAAGACAACUGUUUGAUUAAUACUUAUAGACAUGUUCCUGAAAUAUCAAACCCUAACAACAGGAUAGACGAUGUAUUAUCAGCGACACAUACGAUUGAUAAGAAUUAUAUAACAGAUCAUUUUUUAUUAUCAAGUUCUGAUAUGGAAACUAAUGAUACAACCAAUUAUGAAUAUGCGAAUAGUUCGCAAAAUUUAUCCAAAUGGCCGAAUAUAAAAAAUGAUCAAGUCUUUUCCUCUAAAAGAAAUAUAUUUGAGAGACAAAGUUCAACAAGUCUGGUACGAGUUAACUCGGUAAAAAGAAAGAAACAAUUACGAAGUAAACAAUCACCAUCAAUUCCUAGACAACAAAGUUUAUUAAGCAUGUAUGGAUUUCAAAAAAGGUCGUCUCUUAAAGAUUAACUUUAAUGAUCUGUAUGAGACUUAGUUUACUAUUUUCUAUAAUUCAGAGCGUGCUAUCAGUAUUUUAGCGUGAUAAGUAUUGAUAAAUGUUCUUCAAAUAUGUGAUUUAUGAAAGCCUAAAAGUUGAAUACAAUUAGAAAAAGAUGUUACAUCUAAUGUGCCCAUAUUGAUACAAUGAUUAAUAUUCAUUUAAAAUGAGUUUGAAUUACAUGUUUGAAUAAAUCCUGCAGAGCAGGUCCAAGUUCUCCCUAUAUUGAUUCGCUGCCAUAUAUAUAUAUAUAUAAAUUAUCCAUUAAGCAUAAGCAAUUAAGCAGUCCAAUUAAUUUAAUUUUUAAUACUUUUUUAAAAAAUUUUCUGAUUAAUGAUAUAUCAAGAAUUCUUUGGAACGAGUACUUUACAUGACACAUGAGAACUUUUCUUAUGUAUUGUAUUAUAUUCAUUUACAGGCAUUUAUAAUUUCAAAUUUGAGAUGUUCUACAAAAACUAUGAAAAUUGUUAUUUUAAUUUAAUUAUGUAUAUAUAACAAAAUUGUCAAUUAUUGUUAAUAAAUUUCUUAAGAUUACAACAGAAAA